CAUCUUCAUAUGUACGUGACAAAUAUCGACGUAGAAAACGUAUGAAUGUAUCCAAAUUAAAUAUUCAUAAUUUAUGAAGAAAUUUGCAAGAUGUGCUAUACUUUUGUCACGGUCUCUGUAAUAUUCGCAAUAUGCCUAUACGUGUAAAAGAACUGUUAGGCGAAACGUUUGCUAAUUUCAGAUCGUAAAUCGAAAACUUCUUAGACGCGAAUCAAUUAAAAUGGCAGCGAAUGUUUCGAUACCAUCGUACUCCAAGGAAUCAACGGAUUCUAAAAGUGGAAGAGAGACCAACAUAAGGGCGCCUUGCGAAAAGGAAGAAACUGAUUUUAAUCUUUGUCCUUUUGAAUUAUUAUGGUCUUUUGGGACAAAUUCAGAUACACCUAUAAUAAAUUUAACCACAAAAAAUCGUACGAUCAUCGCUUAUGCUUGUUCGCAUGUUAUAAUAAUCUACAACUAUAAGACUAAAUACGCGAUAAGUCUUCAAGGUCAUGUAUGUAUCGAUCUUUUGCUUAUUAUAUUUGCAUCUUCGUACACGACUUAUUCGUGCAUCAACUUUGUAGAAGAACGCGGUGAAAACUUUAUCGACAUCGAAAGAUGGAAAAUGGUUGUUGUCCAAUUGAGUUAUGAUUGCUAUUGCUAUUGUUAUUGCAGUGUACCAAUUUCGACUUUAUUUAAUCCACAUGGUGAUAAAGGAAUGACCGCUGCUAAAAUUAGCCCAAACGCUAAGUAUAUAGUAACUGUUGGAAACGAAUUUCACCAAAAAGUUCAGUUCUGGCUAUGGACGUAUGGGAAAGAUCAACCUGAUGCUUUUACGGAGUUAACUGAACUUUUUUCGAAUAGAAUAAAGGAAAUAGCUUUCAACGAAGACUGUUCCGAGGAGUUUGGUUUAACUGCCGAUCACUGCGUUGCAUUCCUUAAAUGGCAACGACAAACGGUACUGUUUUUACAUCUUCUUUAUACUCGUUGUUCCAUUUUGUUUAUACUCUCGCAAAGUUAUUACACAUGCUUAUAUAUAAUCCACUUAUAUGCGAAGAUUGCAACUUGUAAUUUGAUCUUUGUUAUAAAGAUUGAUAUUCGAUACUUAUGCGUAGGAUACGUUCUGGUUUGGGGCACUUUUGUUGAAAGACAGAAAAAUAAGAAUAAGAAUCAGAGUGCAGCUAACAACAAGGAAAAGAGACACAUCAAGUCUGUGCAGUUGGAGAAGAACAGUAUUAUGGUGAUAUUAUAUCACAAUGGAAGGAUAGUAACGGGAACUUCAGAAGGGCGCAUCAGCUUCUACGAUCUUGAUUUAAAAAUACUCUACUGGUGUCAACAUAAACUUCUGGAUUCUAUUCGAUCGAUAAGUUUUGAUCUUUCGUCCACAUUAUUAGCUCCUGUGUCUGCGGUCGGUGAAUUCAAACUUGAAUCCGACGAAGAAGAUGAUUUCGAGAACGAAGAAGAAAUGGAAGAAUACUCGGAAAUUAAAUUAGGAGAUAAUAUCGACGAGAGAAAAGUGAAAUAUAUAGAAAAAUUAGAGUCGAUGAAGUAUCGCGAUCAAGUUCCAUCGACGAUGUCUGUAUAUUUGGAAGAAACAUUGAAGGAUUACAAUAAAAAUCAGCAAGCAUUUACAAAAUUACUUCACGCGCCUACCGAUGCUACCGUCGAAGGUGCUACUUUUUACAUCGAAAAUUUCAUUAUCGGUUGUUUGAGUGGAAUAGUUGCGUCGAUAGAAAUUCCUACGUUAAAGUGUCGAUUUAUCUUUCAAGAUCAGAACUUUGCGAUAACCAGUUUAGAUGCGCAUCCUCGAAGGAAAACCCCACCUCUUCCAGAUUUUAGUAUACUAUUGGAUAAGCAAGCAAAGAAAGGAGCUAUAACUUAUGUCACAUGCCCACAGAGUCACGAGAAACUAAUCGCUGUUACAGCAUUGAAAUAUUCACCGAUAGAUUUUCAAGUUACAGACCGGACGAUUUUCAAUGUAAAACAUUUCAAUGAUUUUGAAGGUAAUUUACUAGCAUGUGGCCUUGAAAAUGGAGCCCUUUGGAUGUUGCAUCCUCUCACUUUAGAACCUCUUGAUAAAUAUCCUUACAAACAUUCCACGGAAUCGAUACUUAAAUUGGCUUUCACAGAGUGCGAAGAAUACAUGGCUUACGCGGAUAACGCGCUAGUGGUAGCGGUAUUUAAAAAAAUAGGUGAUUCGCCAAGCGGUUCCCGUUUAUGGGAUUUUGUUGGAAAGUAUCAUUCUCAUACUGCGAAAAUAAGAGAUAUACUUUUCGGGCCAGCUACUAUCGAAAGCGUUGUAUAUCGUUUUUUUUCGGUAGGAGAAGAUCGGAACCUAAUUGAGUACGAUCUUAAAAAUAGUGGACCAUAUCCUUUCCCUGGUUUGCAGAUAUUAAACAUUUGCCAAAUUGAAUGCGAAGCUAUUCCUCUUUGUCUCACCUGGUACCCUAAGUUGGGCGUUGAAGGAUUUUUAAUGUACUCUAAUUCCGAAUACAAAUACAGAUUGCUAAACGAUAUAACGAAAACAAUUCGAGGAACAUUUUUGGGACCGCUUUGUGAUACCCCGGUUAAGCAUUUCAAAGUAAUAUCUGGUAAAGAAUAUAAAGCUGGUAAAUACAUGGUAUUUGCAACUAAUAAGGAAAUAGGCCUUCAAAUGCUUCCUUUCGAUGGGAAUCCUUACAAGAUUUUAGGAAUGAUAGGGCACCCACGCAAGGUAAGAAGCGUCGUGCACAAUGUACAUGUAUUUUCGAUCUUUCGAUUAUUCUCUGAUUUUGAUAUAUCACUAUAUAUAAAGAGUGUCUCGUACUGUGUGGGAUCAACAUUAGGAACAUAUUCAGCACCUGAAAACUACAAGGUCAGUAAUAUUUGCCUUAGCAAUGAUGGGAACAUUUUAUUCACUUUUGGUUAUAAUGAUCCGUGCACACUGAUGUGGAAAAUAAAAUGCAGGUCUGUCGAUGUAUUAGCGCAUUUAGGAGGUAAAGGGCUGGCACCGUAUUAUUGUCUGAUAGAGGGUGGUGAAAAAGGUUGGCUUAUCAAUGAAAUGAAAGACCUGUUUUAUUAUGCUCAAAUCUUACAUCAAGGCGAGAAUGUAAUAACUCCCAGAUUAAUAUCCGACAAAGUGAGCACUAAAGAAGUACCGAAUCUCAUGCGCGUCGUUGGAUAUUAUCCCAGCAACGAGGAAAUAGAAAUCCUUAUGGGUGAAAUCUCGUACAGAGAUUACGCGGAGACCGGUCAUUUGGUCGAAGAAAUUAAAUUCGAAGAUUUUGUCAAAUUUUAUAUAAAUCAUCGACCAGCUUUCGGAAUUUCUCUGCAUCAAAUAAGAGAAGCUUUCCAAGCCUUUGCAAAUUCAGGUCAAAUCCCUGCUUCGCAAGCGGAGAAUCCAGUAUUAACUCGAGAACAGUUUAUGAAAAUAUUGCUUGGCGAAGGUCCUCCGGAGUUUUCUAUACAAAAUGGCAUACCUUUUGGAGAACCAUUAAAAAUUCAAGAGGCAUUUGCAUACAUGAGGUUUCUUGUUGGUUUUAACGAGAAUUUGGAUGAAAUAUAUGACGAGCGAAACGGAAAAAAAUCCGCAUCCAUUGAUUUUACGUUCUUACCAGAGGUAUAUUUAACAAUUAAAAUAAGUUUGAUUUUUUCUUAUAUUAAGAUAUUUUUUUUAUAUAAAAAGUUACCUUCACACUUUAUUGUCUUAUUAAGAAAAAUCGACAAAUAUACAAAGCCAAUGGACCUUACGCGUCUGUUCAAGUAUCCAUAUACAUAUUUUUUAAGAAAGAAAAUUUAUCAAGUUGAGGAUAGCGUGAAAAAGCUCGCCGAAAGUAAUGUAUUAUUAUUUAUAAUACAGAGAAUAUCUUACAAAGAUUUCAUCGCGGACAUCAUGGGUAUUGAAUCGCCGGAGGAAACGAGGGCUGACGAUGAUUAAUUAAUCUGUAUGCCAUUAUUUGCAUUGCUGGCACAUUAACGUUGAUUAUUAUUACCAUACUAAUAUUAUUACCAUUACAAUGUAUUGCGACUUCCUAUUAAACAUGUACGAACAUUAACGUAUAUUAUGUCAAUUCGUUUCUUUCUUAAAGCGUUAAAAA